UGUGCAACAAGUCGAAUUGCCGCAUCGUUUUUUAUAGCGAAUCGCGAACACAUAACUAACGGUGCAAGACCAAAGUUCGAUUCGUUAAACAUUAGACAUCUAUAUUAGUAAGCGAAAAGUGAAAAACCCCGAAGAAUCGAACUGAGAUGUCGGCGACGAGAUUUCUGAGUGCCGUUGGCCAAAUUUCGCGACAGCAAUUGCUGCAGAAUAAGUGCACGAGAGCCCUGCCCAUUUCGGCCCACCUCCUCCAGAGCCGCCGCCUGAUGUCCACGAAUCCCGCCCCGGUGGUGGCCAGUGCCAACAAGCACCUCCACACCAAGGUGGUCAACGGGGUGCUGGUGAUCAAGAUCGACUCGCCCAAUGCCAAGGUCAAUUCCCUGGGCGCCGAGGUGAGCGACGAGUUCGAGCGCGUCAUCAAGGACCUGGAGACGAACCCGUCGGUCAGUUCGGCCGUCCUGAUCUCGGGCAAACCGGGCUGCUUCGUGGCCGGCGCCGAUAUCGGGAUGCUGGAGGCCUGCCAGACGGCCGAGGAGGCCACCCUGAUCUCGCACGGCGCCCAGCUGAUGUUCGACCGCAUGGAGCGCAGCAAGAAGCCCAUUGUGGCCGCCAUCAGUGGCGUCUGUCUGGGCGGCGGACUGGAACUGGCCCUGGCCUGCCACUACCGCAUCGCCACCAAGGACAGCAAAACCAAGCUGGGUCUGCCCGAGGUCAUGCUGGGCCUCCUGCCCGGCGGCGGCGGCACUGUGCGCCUGCCCAAGCUCACCUCCGUGCCCACGGCUCUGGAUCUGGAGCUCACCGGCAAGCAGGUGCGCGCCGAUCGCGCCAAGCGACUGGGCAUCGUGGAUCUGCUGGUCGAACCCCUGGGCCCCGGACUCCAGCCUGCCGAGCAGAACACCAUCGAGUACCUGGAGAAGACCGCCGUGCAGGUGGCCAGCGAUCUAGCCAGCGGCAAACUUCGUGUAAAUCGCGAAAAAAGCGGUCUGGUCAACAAGAUCCAGUCCUUUGUGAUGGACACCGACUUUGUGAAGAACAAGAUCUUCGACACUGCCAGGAAGCAGGUGCUGAGGGCCUCCAAUGGCCUCUAUCCCGCUCCCCUGAAGAUCCUCGAUGUGAUCCGCGCUGGCGUGGACAAGGGAAUCGAUGCUGGUUACGAGGCGGAACGCAAGGGCUUUGGCGAGCUGUCGGCCACGCCCGAGUCCAAGGGCCUGAUUGCCCUCUUCCGUGGCCAAACGGAGUGCAAGAAGAACCGAUUUGGCAAGCCAGAGCGUCCGGUCAAGACCGUGGGUGUUUUGGGAGCUGGUCUGAUGGGCGCCGGCAUUGUUCAGGUCUCCGUCGACAAGGGCUACCAGGUGGUGAUGAAGGAUGCCACCGAUGCGGGCCUGGGUCGUGGCAUUGGGCAGGUUCAGAAGGGUCUGGAAACGGCUGUGAAGCGAAAGCGCAUCUCUGGACUGGAGCGUGAUCAAACCCUAGCCAAUUUGCGUCCCACUCUCGAUUACAGCGACUUCAAGAACGCCGACAUCAUCAUCGAAGCUGUGUUCGAGGACAUCAAGGUGAAGCACCGCGUCAUCAAGGAGCUGGAGGCCGUUGUGCCCGAGCACUGCGUCAUUGCCACCAACACCAGCGCCAUUCCCAUCACCAAGAUCGCAGCGGGUAGCUCGCGACCCGAGAAGGUGGUCGGCAUGCACUACUUCUCGCCCGUGGACAAGAUGCAGCUGCUGGAGAUCAUCACGCAUCCAGGCACCUCCAAGGACACCGUGGCUCAGGCUGUGGCCGUCGGUCUCAAGCAGGGCAAGGUCGUCAUCACUGUGGGCGAUGGACCUGGAUUCUAUACCACCCGCAUCCUCUCCACUUUGCUGUCGGAGGCUAUAAGACUGCUGCAGGAGGGCGUGGACCCCAAGGAUCUGGACCAGUACACAAAGAAGUUCGGUUUCCCCGUGGGCGCCGCCACGCUUGCCGAUGAGGUUGGCAUCGAUGUGGGUUCCCACAUUGCCGUGGACCUGGCCAAGGCAUUCGGCGAACGCUUCAGCGGUGGCAAUUUGGAAGUGAUGAACGAUCUGGUGCUGGCCGGUUUCCUGGGACGCAAAUCCGGAAAGGGCAUCUUCCUGUACGAUGGCCAGAAGAGGGGCACUCGUCCGGUGAACAACGACGCCGUGGAGAUCGUGAAGCAGAAGUACGGUCUCGUUUCGAAGGGAGCCAAUACGCCCGAGGAUCUGACGCUGCGAAUGGUGUCGCGUUUCAUCAACGAGGCUGUGCUGUGUCUGGAGGAGAAGAUCCUGGACAGUCCGCUGGAGGGCGAUGUGGGCGCCGUUUUCGGACUGGGCUUCCCGCCAUUCUCCGGCGGUCCCUUCCGUUGGGUCGACCAGUACGGAGCUGGCAAGCUGGUCAGCAAGAUGCAGUCCUAUGCCGAGCUGUACGGAGCUCCCUUCAAGCCCGCCCAGACUCUGCUCGACAUGGCCAAGGACCCGGCGAAGAAGUUCUACCCCAAGACUGGCUCCUCGAAGCUGUAGAUCCGAUCCAAUCCGAUCCGCAGCCUCCGAUGUAGCCGCCAACGAAAUUUAGCUUUUAGUGCGAAGACAGGGACAAGGUGUGUCCUUGUGCAUUUCUCUCAGAAAGGAGAGCAUCCGCUCAAUUGAAAGUGGGGCAAGGCCCUGCGAAGAACACCCUCUGUUGAAGUUGUCGAGAUUUAAAUUAAAGUUUACCAUGUAAUUUUCCAUA